AUGUCAGGUCACAUGGGAGGGGGGUUGCCCCUCGGGGGUCCCUCUACACCUAGGCCCGGCCCGCAUUCGGGCAUCCCCUUUGGGGAGGGUAGUGUGUUACAUGGUAUGUCAAGGAGAGAAGUAAGGUUUGCCAAGCCCCAAUGUAGCUCACCAGGGAUGAUGACCAGUGAUUCCCAGGAGUCCUCUUUAGGUAGCCUGUGUUGGUGUGGCUCACCUGGCAGCACUGUGAGUUGUAGCCCACCUAGGUAUGAAUACAGUGAGGUUCCCUUGAGUUUAGGUUUAGAACAUCAGUAUUCUGUAGGUCAUGUGCUCUCAGCUAGCAGCCAACCUGUCCUUGUGGGAGACACAGCUAACCUGGGGGACAUAGGAGUUAGACCAAGCUUUGGUGAGGGUAUACCCCACUCGCUUGACCCCGCCCCUCCGCCACACACACUGUUUGCCAAUCAACAGCCUGUGAGGCCUGCACCGCUCACUUCUGUGUAUGAUCUGAGGCCUGUUGACCCUUUAAGGCUCACCUGGAACCCUUUGUCUGUACAAACACAGCCUAGACCCGAGGACUUUAGUGUGUCCUCUCUUCCUGGGGAUGAUUUUCAACCCCGGACCUCAAUGCCACACACUACCUUUGUCCGAGACUUGGUGAAUACUGGGGGUGGACAUGCCCAACCCCCACUGCCUGAUCACACCCAAUCCCUAUGUUACCGAGGUGAGGAUAUUCAAACCUCACACCUAGGUAUGACUAUGCCCAGUGCAUCACAGCAUCAUAGUGUCCCCAUGUCAUCGACUUGUAGUCCUGCCUAUCUGGAUACCCCAACCUGCCAUUUUGGAAGGGAGGGGGAGAGGAUAGCACAUGUGCAUGAUACAGCCAAGCUGGGACACUAUGCUAGUCAGCCUGUCCCGGCCCACCAGGAUAGCAGCUUUAAUUCACCUGCACAGAACACCAGUAGGGCAGCUGCUGGGAGUAAGCCCAGGUACAAGGACCUUAGGUAUGAUGGUAAGACCAGCUGGAAGGCAUUUUUGCACAAGUUUGUGAGGUUGUCUCGCAGUCAGCUGUGGACUGAGGAGGAGCAGCAUGACCAGUUCUGUUUUUCCCUUGAAGGGGCAGCAAGCGAGUAUUAUACCCUGCUGUUAGAAACCAGUAGCCAGCUCCGCCUAGGUGAGAUCUUGCAGAGAUUUGAGAAGCGUUUUGGCCCCUCUGCUCCCGAUCUCACUCAUCAACUUAACUUCCAGUCUGCCUGCCAGAACCCUGGGGAGUCGCUUCAUCAGUGGGCCGACAGAGUCCUGACUUUGGCGACACGAGCCUUCCCCAGUGUGCCUGAUGUGCACACUCAUGCUAUACCUCGGCUAUGCUAUGGAGCUGAGGACAGAGAUGCUGGCCUUUACGCACUUGAUGGGCAUCCCCGGACAGUGGAGGAAGCCGUGGAGUGCAUGCAAUACUAUCAGCACUCCCGGCGUCACAGGCCUAAGCCGUCAAGGGAAGUGAGAAAGCUGGAUUCUGCUCAUUACAUGAAGCAGACUGAUCCCGGGAGAAUAAAUGUUGUUGCUGUGGAGGAGCUUGCAGCCCUCAGGAGCAGGAUAGAAAAUCUAGAGGAGUUGAUAAGGCAGUGGGAAGCUGCCCCCCUUCAGAAACAUCAGAGGAGUGGUACCCCGUCACCCAGAUGGACGGAGCGGGACCGGAAGCCUGCUGUAUGUUUCAGGUGUGGAGAGGUGGGGCACUUCCGUAGAGAUUGCCCCACCCGAGCUGCAGGGAAGACAGUCGCUUCUGACGGGCAAAGGGGCGGGACCAGUGUGGGAGGACUCCCUGUGGAGACGUCCCCUAGGUCAGAUUCCAAGGAGUUGGGGAUCAGUGUUCCCCGCUCCUGUGUGUGGCGCCGGCACAAGCGCCGCAGGCUUAAAGAUCAAUUUGGGAUGCCACCAUCACCGGAGCUUUGCUUGGCUGAGGAGGAAGUGGUCACCAUGGAAGAGAAAGUGGGGACUCCCCACUCCACUCUGGAGCCGUUUGGACCAGCCAUGGUUGGUGAUGAACCCCCAGACCUGGGGAGGAUGGACCCAUGUGGUGUUGAUCUGAUGUCACCUGCAGGGAUGGGUAAUUCCUGGUCACCCAUGGCAGUGGGAUUGAAGGAGCCCUCUAUACACACUGAGCGGUUAUGCGGAUCUAAAGGUUUUAUGGUUGGCCUGUGCGUGGAAGGCAUGGAGGUUACAGCAGUAGUGGAUACAGGGGCUGAGGUCAGCGUGUUGUCAACCAGGGUGUAUGACCAGCUGGAGCCCAAACCCCCAAUUCUGGAAUAUGUCACCAUGAGACAGGCCGGAGAAAAUGCAGAGUUAGAAGGGUUUAUUGCGGGGCCGGUCACUGUGUGUAUUGGCCAGCAGGAGCAUGAGAUGAAACUUUAUGUCGCCCCGUUGCAGGACUCGAUGCUGCUAGGCAUGGAUUUUCUCCGUGCCCGGAAAGCCCAGCUGGACUUGGGGCAAGGAACCCUUACUCUGGGGGAUGAGGCCAUAAGGGUGGAGUUCAGGAGGUCUGGUGUUAUUCCAGAGGAAGGCGUGACCUUGACAGGAGGCACACCAGUUGAGGCAGACAGGCGUAUGUCUGUUCCCCGUUUAGUGAGGGAUUUUGGCCGUGUGGUGCCUCUGACCCAUCCAGGAAGUACACUUGGUAUACCAGACCCGGUAGUAGAGAUGUUUGGAGAGUCCCUCUUGGAUUCUGCCAUAGAGGAUAUCGGUGUCGAACCACCUUCUUUAGAUGAGGCAGCCUUUGGUCAUGUUUCUUGGCGUUUACCAAGUUGUGUGGAUGGGGGCCCAACCCCAGAGGUAAACGUCACCAAGGACCAUGAUGCAGAAAUGGGGACAGCCCCGUAUGAUUCAGGCAGUCCCUGGUCGCCUGAUGAUUCGACACCAGAGGAGAAAAUUACCUCUCGCUUGUACAGACCCAGGCGGAGGCGUGGGCGACGCCGGAGGGCAAGUUUGCCCUCCAGAGCCUGA